CUCUUGAGUAUGUUUGCAUGUAAAAUUAGGAAGCAUGUCCGAGCUGAAAUCGGGGAUUCUAAGUUUUCCAUUUUAGUGGAUGAGACAUGUGAUGUAGCAAAGAGAGAGCAAAUGGCCAUAGUUCUCAGAUUUGUUGAUAAAGGUGGUAUUCUGCAAGAGAGGUUCUUUGACUUGAUACAUGUAGCAAACACAAAGUCUUUACUCUAUUGUCCAAGAUAUUGCUGCUGAUCGAUCAAUGGGUUCACUUCGUGGAGAUGCAGAUACUUGUUUCAGCUACAUGUCCUCUUAUGAGUUCGUAUUUACCUUAUGUUUGAUGAAGGAAAUAUUUGAUAUAACAGAAUUGCUUGGCCAAGCUUUACAGAAAAAGUCACAGCAUAUUGUGAAUGCUAUUCGUCUAGUGUCUUCAACAAAAGAGUGUCUUCAACAGUUGAGAUCAGAUGAUGGCUAUGAAGAAUUUAUUACCAUGGUUGUUGAAUUUUGUGGAAAGCAUUCCGUUGAGAUUCCUAACUUCGAAGAAAUUUACAUCAUGCGGGGUGGUCGUGCACGCAAUCAGCCUGAUCAGUUCACCAAGGAGCAUUACUUUCGUGUGGAACUAUUUCGGGCAACAUUGGAUACUCAACUAUUUGAAAUAAACCGCAGGUUCAAUGAGAAGGUAAUGGAUCUUUUAUCUACUAGUGCUACCUUCAUUCCUAGAAACAAAUUUAGAGGAUUCAAAGCCAGUGAUAUAUGUGAGAUGGUGAAAAAGUACUACCCAGCAGAUUUCACCCAACAAGAUAUUUAUGGAUUGCAACUUCAACUAAAACAUUUUGUUUCGGAUGCUUCCAAGGAUGAAGAGUUGAAAAACAAAUCAACCUUAAUCAGUCUUUGUCAAUGCCUUGUGGAGACAGGAAGACAUGCUAUCUUUAAUUUGGUUGAAAGGUUACUCCGAUUGCUCAUUACUCUUCCAGUUUCAACAGCGAGUGCGGAACGUGCCUUUUCUAGUAUGAAGAUCAUCAAAACAAGGUUGCGCAAUAAGAUGGAAGACGACUAUCUUGCAAAUAGUCUGUUAGUGAAUAUAGAGUGUGAAAUUUUGGAGACCUACAGCUAUGAAGAUGUCAUUGAAGAUUUUAGGAAAAAGAAUCGGAAAGCAGAUCUGUAGUUAUGCAACUCCAUGUGUCCAUACCUUAUGACCAAGCUGAACCUUGAAAUUUGGCCUGCUUUAUU